UCGGAAUACGGCUGGGAAAGAAUAACGUUAAGUCUGACUAAUGUGAAAUGCUGAACUUUGAGGAAGUGUUUUAGCAUUUCAGCUAAACAAACAUUUCAACUUACGAGCAACGAUGGACAAGUUGCGUCGUGCAUUAAGUGGUCGAGAGGAGAAUGAAGAAGUGGGGCUUACAGCACAGGUCCUGGAUGGCACAAGCCUCAGUUUCAGCACGCGGGUGAAGUGGUUCUUCAUUUGUUUCGCAGCAGGGAUCAUCUGCUCAAUACUUGGAACUGCACUCCUCUUCUUGCCGAAAGCCGGGCUAAAGCUGUUUGCGGUAUUUUACACCCUUGGAAACAUUUCAGCACUGGCAAGCACCUGUUUCCUGAUGGGGCCAUUUAAACAGCUGAAGCGCAUGUUUGAGCCCACCAGACUCAUAGCCACCAUUCUGAUGCUGCUGUUCCUUGUGUUGACGUUAUGUGCAGUUUUUUGGUGGAACAAAAAGGGUCUGGCGAUCAUCUUCUGCAUUUUGCAAUUUUUGUCUAUGACAUGGUACAGCAUCUCCUACAUUCCAUUUGCACGGGAUGCUGUUAUUAAGUGCUUCACCUCCUGUUUGAGCUAAAUGUUCAGUUUUUCAUCUGAUGUCGGGUCCCGCUGUGGAAGAUUAAAUAUGUAAAAUAUUUUCAGGAUUAUUUUUGUCAUCUCUGAACCUUCUGCACUGUUUUCAGUGACCUUAAAACAUUUCCUCUUUUGUCUUAAUAUAAUACUUUUAAGUGAAUAUUGUUUAAUAUUAAGAGUGAAUAUGUAAUAAUUGCAGUAAAUGUUUUCUUUUUAUCUGAUUUUUUUUAUUUUUUUAUGUGUGCGUGAGGAGGAUAAAUGCCUUAAAUGAUGCUUCAUAGAUGAUAUAUACUGCCAGUUAAAACUGAGUGAAAAGAAUAAGUGCCUGAUUAUGAAGUGUGGUGUUAAUGAAUGAAAAUACUACUGUUGACUUUUGUACAGAAAAAUAUAUUUCUACCAAAUAUAUUAACAAAACAACAUUUCAUGUUACCAGUCACCAAAUAAAUGCAAUACUGAUUCUUUCUUCA